AUGUAAAUCCCUAACAAUUAUGGUAAUGCCUACUCUCAAAAUUAAUACUCAUAAUAAAGCUAUGUCUAAUAUCCAUAAAUUUACGCUUAAUAAUAAUACCUUGGAUAAUAAGUUCCAUAGCAAUAAUAUGCAUAAUAACCAAAAAAUAAGCCUACUGUUCCACCAAAGAAACCUGCUCCAUUCUCUUUUGAACCAGGGAGCAACAAGGAGUUAGAUGAUGCCCUUAAUAGUAUCGAUACAAUGUACAAUGAUAUGUUUGACACAGUGGAUAAUUAAAAAACUAAAGAAGAAUCCGGAUAAGAAAAUGCAGAUGGAUAUUCCAUGGGUUUUCCUGUAUAAUAGAAAAAUGGUAACCAGUAAGCCUAGUUAAAUUAAAUUCCAAAUACAAUUGGAAACAUUUAACAAGAUAAAGAGAAAUGGGAUUAUUACAAUGGAAAUCGCAAUUCAUUCUAUUGA